AUGUACCAAGACAGGCAAAACUUACCAUCACAUCUAAAAGGUAUAUAUGUUCAUAAGUUCCUAGUUAGUUCAAUAGCAAUGUGGGCUUCACCUCGUUAUGCAAUCUACAUACUUAUGCUACUUGACGAACUUUGUACAAAGCAGAGAGAAGAUAUGAUGAAAGAAGACAAAAGCAUUCAGAAAAGAAUACCACGUUCGGUACCAAAAGGAAAGGAAAAGAGUUAUAAGUAUAUGAUUUAUACUGAAGAGAUGGAAAAUGAAGAAGACAGAGAUAUGGUUAUGUUGCAUUUAGUCAGAAGAAACAACAAAAGCUUUUACGACCUUGCUAAGAUUUACAAAUCUGACAGAAAUUGGUUCUAUCGCGAAAACUUACCGAUUUCAAUGACCCCAAAUGAAGAUGUGAAACAAAUAGUUCAAGAUACGUUACCUCAAACACACUAUGAUAUGAAAGGUUGUACAAUUUUUACCUUCAAAGAAGACUUGCCGCUACUGAAGGAAAAAAUAACAGAGUAUUUUGACAACUUCAAACAAGUAGAGUAG